AGAGGGGUUAAAGGUGCGUGUUUUCACUUUUUUCCUCGCUUUGUCCCGUCCCAGGGGAGGGGUGAGCGCUCGCCAUGCCGCUGGUGAAGAGGAACAUCGAGCCCCGGCACCUGUGCCGCGGGGCCCUGCCCGAUGGGGUCACCAGCGAGCUGGAGUGUGUCACCAACAGCACCCUGGCUGCCAUCAUCAAACAGCUGGGCAGCCUCAGUAAGUCACGGGCGGCAGCAGCGGGGUGCGACAGCGGCGGGGUGGCACGGGGGUGGCACUGGGGCCACCCCUGCAUCCCCUGUCCUUCCUGUGCCCCCCCAGUUUCGCUGCAGGACAUCAACAUGAGGAAAGCCUUCAAGAGCUCCACGGUGCAGAACCAGCAGGUCGUGUCCCGCAACUCCAUCCCCAACCCGGUGAUGGAGAUGUACCAGCGCUGCGACAAACCCCCGCCGCUCAACAUCCUCACACCCUACAGGGAUGACAAGAAGGACGGCCUCAAAUUCUACACUGACCCCUCCUACUUCUUCAACUUAUGGAAGGAGAAGAUGCUGCAGGCGACAGAAGACAAGAGGAAGGAGAAGCGCAGGCAGAAGGAGCAGCGGCUGGUGGAGGACUCCACCCGGGAGGUGAAGAAAGUGAGGAAAGCCCGCAACCGGCGCCUGGAGUGGAACAUGAUGGCGUAUGAUAAAGAGUUCCGGCCGGAUAACAGGUUCUCACCAUCCCCCUAUCACAUGGCGUCAUCGGAAGGAUCACUGUCCCCAGAUAAUAGAUCCUACGCCUCGGACGCUGCCGACCAUUCAUACCCGGCCAGCCCCAACCACCCUGCCCAGCUGCUGGCCCCUGCAGCCCACCUGGCCCCAGCAGAGCACAAGGAGGGGGUGCUGGCGGCCACCAACCCCCCCGAGCACGUGUUCCGGCCGGCCACGGGCAGCAGGCAGAACAGCCUGACCCGGCUGCAGCAGCCCCACGCGCCGCCGCCCGCCGAGGCCGUGCUCAACGGGCCCAGGCCCCACCUGGUCAAGGAUUACGGCCCGCAGCCGGGGGGAAUCCAGCUGCGGAAGGUGCAGGAGCAGUGGGAGCAAGAGGCCAAGAAGGAGCCCGUGGGCAACGACGUGGCGACCAUCCUGUCGCGCCGGAUCGCCGUGGAGUACAGCGAGUCCGACGACGACUCGGAGCUGGACGAGAACGAGUGGUCGGACUGAGGGGCCCCGGGCUGGGCUGGCUCAGGGCUCCCAGCCCUGCUCCAGGUGUGUACAGGCACCUUCCCCGCCGGGGCUGCGGCCGUGGCCCCGCUCGGUCAGGAGCUUCGCUUUUACACUAUGUCAAAAAAACCCUUCGGGCAGCAGCAGCAGUGGUAGGGCACACCUCGGAGGCAGUGAGACCAGAAAUGAGCAGCACCUUCACAGUUAAUGGCUUCCACAAUUCUCUGAAGGCAGGUUAAUAGGAUUACUCCAGAUUUGCACCUGGAGCAAGAGCGGAGACUGGCCCUGAGUGUGCUUUGAGAGAGAAGGGAGCCCCAGAGGCAGCAGAGCUUCUUCAGUAAAUGUUAAUUGUGAUAACGAGAAGCUCCUGGAGAAGAAGCCUUGUUUGCACAGCUGGUGCCACCACUGGAGCCCCUGUGGGCUUGGGGACACUCUGCUGCUGCUGCUGCUUUUGGGGUCAGGCAGCUCCAAAGGCUGGAGCAGGAGCCUCCUUCCCUCCAGAGCAACGCACCACGUUCAGCAGCAGUUACACCACUGUGUUGUUGCUCCUUGGAAAAUCACGGCAUGCUUGGGGUUGGAAGGCACCUUUGAAGAGCUUCCUUCCACCUUCCACCAGAGCAGGCUGCAUGAGCAGCCCGAGGUGCUGGUGAGCUCAGCCUGUAUCCAUCCUCAGAGCUGGUUUUUUGGGAGCAAAGGGAGGAAGCAAGGCUGCUGUGGCUGGCAGGGGGACACAGCCUUGUCCAGAGCGGAGCAGAGGUGCCCAGGGAGUUCCCCAAGCCCCAGCUCUCCUUGGCCUUAGUGUGACACCAUUUCAGUGUUAUUUGAGAAGGAGUGAAUCAGACAAUCUGCUGCUUUCAGGUAAACUCUCAACUUGCACUUUGCAGCCCCACAAACUGUGCCUGUACGAUCGAGAUCAGCUCAGAGCCAGGCACUGAUUCCCCCUACCUGAUCCUGCUCUGCCCCCUGCCCCACACUGAUGGAGGAGCUGGGUAACCAGGCCCCUGUCUCAGCACUGGAAAUACCUGUUCUCCCAUCAAAACAGAGCUUGCUCCACGGAAGACUUUUCACAGAGCUACAAAGGGAGGAGGCACAGAGGAAGGCAGAGCGAAGGGGUGGAAAAUACUGGAAAUAUUACAGACAGGUGUGAAAACCUGCAGAGAGCUGGGAGAGGUUCCCCACCUGUGGAAAACGGGCCAGUGCCAUUGGUGGUUUGGCCAGUGUGAUGUCCCCAGACCCUCUCUUGUGUUCCCCUACACCACAAGCCCCUGACUGGGGAAAGCCUGAGCUCUGUGCCCAGUUCCCUGUCUAUCCCAGUACCCCUGUAGGUGAUGGCUACUCCGGCAAAAUUUUGACUAUGUAGAAGCAGCCAGACCUGUAAAAGAGGUGGGAGGGUGGCUGAGACUCAAAUGCUGACCCUUAAAUUCACAAAAUCCUAGGAUGGUUUGGGAUAAAAGGGGCACUAAACACCAUCUCAGUCCAAACCCCUGCCAAAGGCACCUUCCACCAUCCCAGGCUGAUGAUUUCCUGGGAAAUGCUGGUGUUAAGCAAUGUCCCAAACAUCUGCUCGUUUGCCCCCUCAUGGCCAGAUGUGGUGAAUCCUCUGCCCAGCUGCUGGGAAAUGCCCCCAGGAGCUCUCCCUUCUCAUUAGUGGCACAAAAUGGUCUCUUGUCCCUUGGAGGUGACACCUUCCACCCCUCCACACCUGGGCUGGGAGCUGGGAGCUGUGGUGGGCUUGAGCAGGGGUGCAGAAUGGAUCUGGGAUGUGGGAGAGGGCAAGGCAAGAAGCAGCAGAGCAAUGCUCAUGGAUGCAUGGAAUAACUCAUCUGGAAAACCCCAGGAGCAGGAGUGACCAGAGGAGGGAGGGAGACACCGAGCCCUGCAGGUGGCCAGGAAAUUCCUGGUGCUCACUGAGAGCCCUUGGUUCUGAUGUUGACCCUCUGAGAUGCAGGGAAAUGGCUGCAAGGGAUUUUUGCAGAGAUCCCCUGCAAUGCUUUCCUUGGGAAGGCAGCUGGGGUUUGGCCUGGAGCAGGUUCAGAAGGAAGCAGUGUGAAAAUUCAGGGCAACACUUAAGGUGGAGUCUCUGCUGGAGCGUUAUUAACGUAGACACAAUCACAAAACUGUCUGUAAAUGAAGAGAAAUUUGGUUUAUUUAGGUAAUUUAGGAGGGGUAAUAACUCUGUGUGACAGAGAGGAAAUAGCAGGGGCUGGUGGAGCUGCUCUAUCUGUUACAGAGGUCCAGGGGCUGCAGAGUCACUGUGGGGACCCAGCAGGAAAGGGCUCAGGGACACACAGGGCUGGCUCAUCCCUUGGCUCUGUGACUGUCCCAGUUCUGCAGAGCUGAGCCAGUCCUGGUGGGAGCUGGAGAGCAGCCCAA